AAUUACUGAUUCAAAUCGUCCGUGCAAAACUUCAUCUUAGGUCUAAAACCCUCCAAAGCGGCCAAAACCCUAAACUCUGCUACGGCCAUGGCGAACUCAAAGCUCGAUCCGACAGUCCCUCCGGGCCUUCACUUGGUCUCUGCAUUCCUCGCAAUGGAGCCGACGGAUUGCUUAAUAUCAAUGGCAAGAGCAUGUGGAGGUUUGGUUACAGAGAGAGUGCAGAGAUUUAUUUGGGACUACUGUAUAAGCGAAGCAGUUGGAAAAGGUAAUGCCCCUUACUUGAAGAAUUUCAUAAAGAAGCUUAUUUUUGAGAUUGAAUCAAGUCAUAGCACCGUGUUGGAAGAACUAUAUGAACAGUAUGGUUAUUACAUGACUUCAUUGAAGGAUGAUAUUUCAGCCAAAGUAAACACAAGGGUCUGCAAAUGCAUCUCUUUUCUUUUUCCUCAUGGUUGUUCUGGAUCUCCAAGUUGUCCUGUGUCAAGAAAGUUGAUGGUUUCACUAUAUUGUUCACUCAAUAUGCUUGAAGGAGAUACUGGGUGUGCUGUUUGGCCCUCAAGUCUAUAUUUGUCAGAGUUUGUACUUUCUUUUCCUCACAUAUUCUCUGGAAAAACAUGUUUUGAGGUUGGUUGUGGUGUUGGUUUGGUUGGAAUUUGUCUUUCCCAUGUAAAAGCUUCCAAGGUUAUAUUAAGUGAUGGUGACUUGUCAACUUUAGCUAACAUGAAGCUCAAUUUGGAGUUAAACCAGUUGAGGGCUGAUACUGGCAAGCCAGAAAGAUCUGUGCAAGAUCUAAAUAUGGUGAAUUGCAUUCAUCUGCCUUGGGAAUCUGCCACAAAGAAUGAGCUUCAGGAGUUCAUGCCUGAGAUUGUUUUGGGUGCGGAUAUAAUUUAUGAUCCGGCAUGCCUCCCAUAUCUUGUUCAAGCACUUGCCCUUCUCUUGAACACAAAAAAAGAGUGCUCUGAUUCUCAAACUGUAAAGUACAGUUGCCAGGGCUCAUUCAUACAUUGUAAUUGCAUAAAUGUCGAAGCCAAUGAUAUUGAUGAUGGGGAAGCUUCCAUUGCCUGUGAUUUAGAUGGAAGUAAAGCAGAUCAAAUUGGCUGUCAAAUUGAUAUUGGUGGAGUUGAUGGACUUCAAAAUGGUUCUGCAAAUAAUGGAGUAAAGCAAGGACCUGUGGCUUAUAUUGCGUCGGUGAUUCGCAACAUUGAAACCUUCAGUUAUUUUGUCCAACUUGCAGAGCAGGCUAAUCUUGCGAUCGCAGACAUAACUGAAACUCAAAGACCAUUGGAGUUGCUUCCAUACAUGCAAUCAUAUGACAGAUCAAGUAUACGUUUGUUUAUUGUCACAGGCAAAUAAGAACUACAAUUGAUUAGCCAAACACAAGGAGAGGUCGAGGUCAUCCACUCAUGGUCUGCUCCAAGAUCCCUCAGUACCUCUAUCAUGUACUCUUUUGCUCAGAGGGAUGACAUGGAAGUGCUUGAUGAACCUCUAUAUGCAACUUUUCUAAAGGUUACAGGUGCUGAGAGGCCCUACAGGGAUGAGGUUCUCUCCAAAAUGGAAUCUGAUCCAAAUAAGGUUGUAAAUGAGGUUAUUUUUGGACCAGGAGAAAAGAAGUAUCGGUUUUGUAAGCAUAUAGCAAAGCAACGGUUACCUGGUCUGCCCAAUGAUUUAAUGAAGAAAGGAAAGCACUUUAUAUUGAUACGCAAUCCACUUGAUAUAUUGCCAUCAUUUCGAAAGGUUGUGCCCCCAUCCUUUCUUGAAUUAGGUUUGGCAGAAUUGGUCUCCAUAUACAGUGACCUCUCUCAGAUGGGAAAGCCCCCAGCUGUUGUUGAUGCAGCGGACCUUCAACAAGAUCCUGAGGGUACUUUGCGUGGCCUUUGUAAAGACUUGGAAAUUCCUUUUGAUGAUGCAAUGCUCAGAUGGGAAGCUGGUCCAAAACCAAUAGAUGGUGUCUGGGCUCCAUGGUGGUACAAAAGUGUACAUCAAUCAACAGGCUUCAAUCAAGCAAGAAAGUAUCCUCAGCCAUUUCCAUUUUCUUUAUAUGACUUGUUGGAGAAAAGUAUACCUUUGUACAAUAUGCUUAGGCGGCAUGUAAGACAGAUGACAGGCCUUUUGAAGAGUCCAUUACCUCCUCCAGAUAUUCCAAUUCCUGCAAAUGAAAAGCUGUUGGCAUGGGUUGGAGAUGAGAUUCUACCCCGUGAAAGUGCUAAGGUUUCUGUGUUUGACUCGGUUGUCCAAGGUGGUGAUUCAGUCUGGGAGGGCCUUCGAGUUUACAACAGGAAGAUAUUUAAACUUGAUGAGCAUUUGGAUAGGUUGUUUGACUCAGCAAAGGCUCUAGCUUUCAAAAAUGUUCCAACUCGUGAAGAGGUUAAAAAAGCCAUCUUCAUAACUCUAAUUAGGAAUGGAAUGUUUGAUAAUGCACACAUCCGAUUAUCCCUUACACGUGGAAAGAAGGUGACUUCAGGCAUGAGCCCAGCAUUUAAUCUUUAUGGAUGCACUUUAAUCGUGCUUCCUGAAUGGAAACCACCUGUCUAUGACAACAGCCAUGGCAUAACUCUGGUGACUGCCACAACUCGGCGUAAUUCACCAAAUAAUUUGGAUUCAAAGAUUCAUCACAAUAACCUCCUCAAUAACAUUCUAGCUAAGAUAGAAGGGAAUAAUGCAGAUGCAGGUGAUGCAAUUAUGCUGGACAAGGAUGGCUAUGUGUCUGAAACAAAUGCUACAAAUAUUUUUCUAGUGAAGAAAGGCCGGGUUCUUACACCUCAUGCUGAUUAUUGCCUUCCUGGAAUUACUCGAGCUACUGUUAUGGAUCUAGUGGUAAAGGAGGGUUUUGUCCUAGAGGAGCGAAGAAUCAGUCUCUCAGAAUUCCAUACUGCAGAUGAGGUCUGGACAACAGGAACCAUGGGAGAGCUUACUCCAGUCGUAAAGAUUGAUGGACGUGAAAUUGGCGAUGGUCAAGUGGGUCCCGUGACUCAAAGGUUGCAAAAUGCUUACAAAGGGCUGACAGAAGAGUCAGGAGUACCCAUUCCAUCCUACCAACAGGAGGAAUUUGAAUGACAUUGCUCCUAGAAGGUAUGAUUGCUUCCCCUGUUUAGGCAAUCAAUAUUUCUUUAUAGAACCUUUUUCUCAUCUCCAGCUUUCAAAGACACCACAAUCCCAAAACUUCAUUUGCAAUGCUGGUCUAAAACAGUAGUUCGAUUGAUGGGCAGCCUGAAGAUGCAAAUGAGUGGUGUUGCUUCCACAGAAUGAAAGAUUUAAGGGUGCCAAUAUGUAAAUUUGAAUAAACAUUGGUGCAGAUUAUGAACAUGGUCUUUAUCUUGGCGAUUGGUUGAGGUGUGGGGUAUGGUAGCAUAGCAUUUUCUUAGUGAUCAUUGUAUCCGAGAAAAGGUUACAUCCCCAUUUUCUUAUUGUGUACAUUACUUGUAGGAAGUUGCCAUUGCCAGGCUCCAUGGAUAAGCAUGGGGAUUUAGGAAUGUGGUAACAUAAUAAAGAUUAUUACAAGAACUGAAACCGACUUGUAUCUGAAGUUUUUUCCAAUAAAACUAAGAAUCAAAUGCAUUCAUUUUCA